ACGGGCUUUUUUUUUGUUCUUGCUCUUGUUCAAACUUUGACUUUAUAUAUCUUUCUCUUUUCAAAAACCAGGUCGGUGCGACUAUAAAAUGCGUGGACAUUGCACCGCUACAGCUCCGAUCUUACAGUAACUUUUUAACGCCCUUUUCUCCAUUUUGUCGUUCUAUUCUAUCUUUUCUGGACACCUCUCCAUUCUUUAACAACAAAGAACACUAACCAAAAUAAUCAGAUCAAGUGUAUAUAAUAAUGUCGCAGCAGCGAAAGCAGCCCGAGGACCCCACAGCGCACGAGAUUAUCAUUUUGUCGCCAGAGUACCACCUCAGCAUCCAUUUCCCGCAAGGCAGCUUGUACGCAGACGUCUGGCUGGGCAUCAACGCCAAAUCCGAAGAUCUUUUGAUCCACCUCAGCGAGAUGCGGCGAAAGGCGCUAGACGCCAGCGCGCCGCAGGAAGUAUCGCCGGGCAGCAAUGAUAGCAACAGCAGCAGCAGCGCCAGCGCCGGCAGCAGGGCCACGACGCCAGGCAGCCGCAAGGACUCGGGCUGCUCGCAUGCGUCAAUGAGCCUAACUGUGCGGCACUCGAGCUAUGGCCUACAAGCGCCUCAGGACUGGCUGGUCGCCAAGGAGUCGCUGAUUGUGGCAGAGAGCAUCUGCGAGAUGCACCACACAAAGUUCUACGCUGCUGUCGACAAAAUCCAAAAGUACAACCGGGAGCAGAUUCCAAACCUUGAUUCGUUCAAGAGCCUGUUGGAUAGGAUGCUCGCAAUCAACAAGGCAUGUUCGGCCGCCGCCGAUUCUUCAUGCUGCAUUUGCCUGGCAUCGCCAUACACGCGGCUCUUUUUUAAAAUGCUGUGAAAAGUAGAACAGCCAUCGCAAUUUUUUCAUUAAUACUGCUUGUACAUGUUUUAAUUUAUAUCCCGGUUUUUGCUGUAGAAAAAUAAACUCUAUAAAUUCUUCCUGUUUCAACAUGAGCACAAAAUAGCUAAAAGGUGGUAAAUUUGGCCCAGACCACACCGAUGAGAGAUCGAUUCUGUGUCGAUGCGCAAAUUAAACCUUUGAAAGCCGUUUCCUCUUUUCCAUCUUUUUUAUUGCCCAAUGGCAUUGUGCUCCGAAAGCUGAAAACUGCCUCUGCGGCAGAGCUUUUAAUUAACAUACAUUUCUAAUUAAAUU